UUAACAAUAAUAGGAAUGUAUGAAACUAUUGAAGUUAGUUUUAUGGUUCUGGAGUAUACAAAAUUUUUACCAGAUGGAUAUUUUGGUAAUAUUAAAGCUCUUUUUCGAAAAAUGCGAGUUAAUACAGUAGAUAAUGUUGAAAAGAUAGUAAAAAAGUCCACUAAAAAUAAUUCUAAUCAUGCUAUUCACUAUAAUAAUGGAAAUGAAUGGUUAUAUUAUGAUUUUAAAUCAUUUUUAAAACCUCAUUUUCAAAAUUUACCUGGUAUUCAAAACAUUAACAUUUUUGGUUUAAAAGAAGUGAACCAGGAAAAAUAUUUACUCAAAAAGAGAUAG